AUGAAAUGCCUUGAAGGUCUGCACUUACAGCAAAGGCGGAGCAAAUUCUCAGCUCCCUUGGCUCCUGAAGAAGGCUUAGUAUGUGCCUUCCAACUGGAGGAAGGAGAGAAGGAGAAUGAAGAGGAAUUUGUGUGUUCAUAUCAGGCCCCAGAAGUGAAGGAGGAAGGGAAUGAUGUCGGGGAUCCAGCCAUAGUGAGCACCAUCCAAAAUACCCAAGUUUCACAGCAGAGAGGGCUGCACAGUUCCCCCAGAGUCAAGGCAUCUGGUGCCUUGAGGAUUUCACCAACCUCCCUGCAUUUUCUAGGGCAGUCUGUGUUUCCAAGAGCCAGUUCUCCAGCCCAUCACUUUGGACCUCAACAGUCUUCACCAGAUCCUUUUCUGUUCUACAGCCCACUGAACCUGUGCACCCCUAAACUCAGCCUUCCCAGUCAUCUGACCCAGCUCCACCCUCAGCACCAGCAGAUCCUACUGCAGCAGCAGUGGAGUCAAACAGCAAGAAGUGUCCCAGCCCAGAAGCCUUGGUCUCCUGAGCAGGACACCUAUGCUAACCUCAUGACCCAAAAAGACAAGGACUGGGUGAUAAGAGUGCAGAUGGUUCAGCUGCAGAGCAAGAACCCCCGCCUGGAUGAUUACUACUACCAGAAGUACUAUCAGAAGCUAGAGAAGAGACAGGCAGAUGAAGAGCUGCUUGGACAGAAGAACAGGGCUGAGUCUCUCAAGUUGGUCACGCCUUACAUCCAGAAGUCCAAAGUUUACAAGUCAGUGGUGCGGGUUGAGGGUUCCCUGGGCCAGGUAGCUGUAUCAACAUGGUUUAGCCCUCGCCGAGCUAUUGAUGCUAUAUCUCACGGAACUCAAGAGCAGGAUACAGGAGCUUCAAGCAGCCAGAGGCUUCGGGUAUUAUCCCAGAUUGAGAAGAUGUUCCUUCAGUUACUAAAAAUAGAGGAGGGCCAGAAUGAUGGGUUCCCACCACUCUACCACUCUCAGCAACAGAGCAACCAGAUUGAGAAGCUCUUUCAGGCCUUAAAUACCCAGGAGCAGAACAACCUGGAGGAGGCAGCAGAUAACCUUCUACAAGUGCUGUCUGUGAGGAAAGGGAAAUUUUUGGUGGCUCGGCUGCUCCCCUUCUUGCCCCCGGAUCAAGCUGUUAGCCUCCUCCUAUAUGUCACCUACCAUCUGCCUCUCCUGAUCCAGAGGGACGUGGCUGACCAGGGUCUACACAUGCUAUUCAAACCACUGGGGAAAUACAUCAGUCAUGUGACCUUCCAUCAGCUCCUUCAUGCACUGCAAGGUCUAAUGUUCCUGUCACCUGGCUCCUCAGAGAGGCCAGUCUCUGUGGUACUUCAGAAUCAGUUUGGGAUAUCUCUGCUGUAUGCCUUGCUGAGUCACGGAGAGCAGCUGGUAUCCCUGGAUUCUUCCCUCCGAUCCAGCAGUGACUGUGCAGCUUGGACAGACUUGGUGAUUCUGAUUGCCUGGGAGAUAGCUCAGUUGCCUGCAGCAUCCUUGGCGGAACCCCUAGCCUUCCCCAGGAAUCUGCUUCCCUGUUCUGCCAUCACAUGGACAGACAAUUAG